AUGAUUUUACAGAAACAUUUUAUUGAGUAUUCAUCAUCUGAGGCAACCGACUUGCCAGCGACUUCCGACACAUCUUUUUUCAACGACUCUUCAUCCGCUCAUGACCGCAAACACUCAUUCAUCAUCGCGUCCAGAACUGCAGGAAAUGUUCUCAUUUUCGGAGCCGUGGCAGUCGAGAAGUCUCUUCAGAAUGUCGGGAGUGUUUUCAUACUCAAUUUAGCGACUGCAGAUCUGGCAGUGACUUCGUGUGUGAUGCCUUUGGCGAUUGUCAAUUUUGUCCACGGAGGAAUGAAUCCGUUUGGAGAUUUUAUCUGCCAGUUGACUGGAUAUCUUGGACAAGUGUGCUGUACCGUUUCAACCUUCUCUCUGGCUCUGAUUGCGCUGAACAGAUUCUACUUCAUAGUCCGCUUCGGGGAAUAUUCCAGUCUGUUUUCUACUCACAGGACGACCCUGAUGAUAGGGGCCACUUGGGUCAUUGCACUUACUAUGGCCGCCCCUAACCUCCUCGGCUGGGGCCAUAUCAGGUUCGAUCACAAGACCCUGAUCUGUUCAUACGACCGGACAUUCUCCUUCUCCUACACCUGUUUCCUCCUCCUCGCCGCCGUCACUCUGCCAUUCACUGUAACUGUUGCCGCUUAUGUCAAGGUGUUCCGCAAGUUCCACAAAAGCAAGAAGAAGUUCAAAGCGGCGAGGCAGGAGCAAAAACGGGCAGCAAUCAAAGCUGCACAGGCAGGAAACCCAGAUGUGUUGAACAAAAUCUCUCGUUCUGCUCGGAAUGCGAAGAAGAAUCAGUGGCGUCUCAUCAAGUCUCUGCUGCUGGUCACUGUCGUCUUCAACAUCAGCUGGACGCCCUACUCUCUAACUGUCAUCAUAGACUACAACGAUAAAUUACCUGCGCUGUUCCACUUGACAGUGACGUGGAUGUGCAUGUUGAACUCAUGCAUGAACAGUCUGAUCUACGGGGUGAUGAACAAACCCUUCCGCUGUGGAUACAGAAAGAUCGCCUGCUUCUGGAGUCAGAAACUACGUCGAAACACUUCUUCUACAUAG